ACUCCAAAACUCUCUUAUUCUUCAUCUUCUUCAUGAAAAUCUUUAAUCACCCGCUACUCUAUGGGCCAUGGAAAUCACUAUUGAAACCCCAUCCGAUACUCAAAUCAACGGCCCAGAUUCACCCACCACCAUCCCCCAACACCUCUCCGAUCACGAUGAUCUUCGUGCAGACCUCGAAUCUCUCCGCGAAUCCCAUCUCAGCCUCCAAUCGAAGUCGGCGGCGAACGAACAAGCCCUAACUCUCGUCCGGCAAGAAAGAGACGACGCCGUGGAUCACAACUCCGAUUUGACGAAACUCGUCGCCGAAAUCUCGAGGGAGCGAGACUCUCUGAAGGAAAAAAUCGAUGAGCUCGAAGCUCCGCUGAAGGAAAAAGAGGACGAGUUCGCGAAAAAGCUCGACGAUGAACUGAGGAAAGCAGAGGAGUUCAGGAAUGAAGUUGAGGUUUCUAGAGAAAGAGUUAAGGAACUGGAAACCGAAAUCAAGAAGAGAAACGAUUACUUGUCGAAGAGCUUGGAUUCGUUCCGGUUAGCGAAGGAGGGUUUAAUCAAGAUAAUCGAGAGCAUAGACGAAGGGAAGGUCGAAGAAGAGCGCGAAUCAGCGACUGUUGAGUCCGAAAUUGGCGAAGGAGUUGAGGAAUUUAGGGCGGUAUCGGAGGAAAUAGUGGAAAUGAAUAGGCUGGCGAGCGAGGUGGAGGUGAAGGUGAGAGAGUACAAGGAAAUGAGGAAGAAGGAGAAGAGGGAAUUGGAGAACAGCGUGGUGAGUUUGACGGAGGAGAAUCGAGACAUCAACACUUUGCUUAGGAUCGCGUUGGUGGAGAAGGAGGCGGUGGAGAAGAGCUUGAAUAAGCUGAAGGGGACUAAUGAGCAGAGAAGGGUGCCGAUUUUGCAGAGAGUCGGUUUUGGGUUUAUGAUGGGAGGUGGGGGUUAUGAGCAGCAGCCAGAGAGUUCUGCAGUGAGUUCGAGUGCGGGGAGUCAGAAGUCGGAUAGCGAGUGUGAAGAGGAGGUUGUUAGUUUGGCCUCAACUGUGGAGAAGAUAAUGAAGAAUUUGCGGCAAGAAAUCACUCAAUUGCGAAGAUCUUUGGAAGAAUCUAGGUCAGACACUGAGCGCCUGCAGAGUCUUACAGAGAAACAAGCUCAACAAAUUACGGAAAACACUCUGUACAUCAAAGAGUUGGAAGAUAGAGAGAGGGCAUUAAUUCAAAAUGUUGAAGAACUCCUGACGGAAAUAAAAGAAACUGAAGCUGAGGUUGCUAGAUGGAGGGAAGCAUGCGAGUUGGAAGUGGAAGCUGGUAAAAAUGAAAUUGGAGAACGUGACAAAGUGGUGGCCAUUCUGAAGCAAGAGUUGGAGAAAACAAGGGCUGCUUUGGACAUGUCCAAUGGCAAAUUAAGGAUGAAAGAAGAACUUGUAUCUGCUGCAAUGGCUGCCCAGGCAGCAGCGGAGAGGUCUUUGCAGCUUGCUGACAGCAGGGCUGCAGGACUCCGUGAGCGAAUCGAGGAGUUGACAAGACAAUUAGAGGAAUCCGAGAGCAGGGAGCGGAGUAAACUUAAGAUAAGGCACAUAUGUUGGCCAUGGCGAAUCCUUAAAGUAAACACUGCUAAUAGUGCUAGUAAAGUUCGGGAUGUGAGAAGGAUGCUACCAGAGAUGCAAGCCUUGCUUCAUGGUGCCUGAUGUAACAUGGUGCUUAGUCCCAAUUUGAUUUAUUUGAAUUGUUUAUUUCUUUCACUGUGUCUUCCUGCCAAUUACCUCUUUAUUCCUGUGUUUUUAUCUUCUUUUAUUUAUGUAUAUAUUUUAUUUAUUUUUCGCUUUCCCCACUACAAGCAAAUUCUGUAAAUUGCUUGUCAACAUGUAUAAUAUGCCGUGAUUAACCAUUCCUUUCCCAUAAUCUUGUACUGUAUACAAACCUGCAUGACAGUUUUUUUAAUGCAGAAUGCAUAUAAAACUC